AACCACCCACCAAACAACCACACACACACCCGCAAUGUCCACCCCCGAACAAGACCAAGAGUUCGUAACCCUCGUCUCCGGCGACGGCUACGAGUUCAUUCUCCCGCGCUCGACGGCGUGCAUCUCCAAGACGCUCCGCAUGAUGUUCGAUCCACUGAGCAAGUUCUCCGAAGCCCUGACCGGCCGCUGCGUCCUCGAGAACAUCAGCGGCGAGGUCCUCGAGAAGGUCUGCGAGUACCUGUGCUACAAUGAGAAGAACAAGGACCAGGUCAACGUGCCGGAUAUGGAGAUCCCGCCCGAGUUGUGUCUGGAGUUGUUGAUGGCGGCGGAUUAUUUGGAUGUUUGAUUCCUGUUGCUCCCGCUGCUGCUGCUGGCUUCGCUGGUUUGUGGUGGCGUUCAAGGGUGAUUUCGAUUUGACAACUUCUUCUCCCUUAUUUCCGAUUGACGAUUUACGUGAAGACGAUCCAGACACUUUUUAUUGUGGUUUUUGUACAGUACCUACCUUGGAGUCGGGGUUUAUGUUUCUGCUGCGUUGACGGAUACAAUCGAGUGGCGUUUUUGAGGGCAGCAUAGAUAUACCAAGGCAUUUUCACGGGCAUAUUCGGUGCCAUUCACAUCUUACUCUGUUCUCCG